AUAUUGGAAAUAGUUAAAUGGAGUGGAAAGAUAGCUGAGCAGGGAAUUAGGGUUUGGGCCGCGAAAGAGAAAGAAUCCAAGAGGAUGGCCAAGUUCAAUGUGGUGCAGAAGCAGAGGAGAGCCUCGAUCGCCGAGAGGAAGAGGAAGAUUCACGGCGACCCUGUCACCGGAAAGCUCAAGGUCAAGGACCAACCCUCCUCCCUCUCCGGCAAGCGCAAGCGCAAGCUCUUCAAACAAUGGCGCCGAGAGCAAAAGGUAGCCUUGGAGAAAGGCUUGGUGAGCAUGGAAGAUGUGCAAAUGGCAGUUGCCGAAGCAGCUGGGGAGGCCAAAGAUACUAUUAGUAAAACUUCAGGAAAAUUUCACUUGAAGAAGAGUUUGAAACUUAAGCAACUGAAGAAGCACAAAGGCAAAGCUGGUAGCUGACCCAUGCUGGCUCAUUCUAAUGCAUACCCUAGGCAUACCUGAUCAUAUGUGAGGUUGAAAUAACAAAAAAAUGCACCUGUUUUGAAUUUUUGAUAACUAUGUACUUGUUACGCGUUUGAGUUGUGGUCGUGAAUAUCAUGAAUAUUUUUCAUCAAUCACUUGCAUAACUGCAUAAACAAAGUGACGUGUUCUAUCCUGAUCACAUGGUAGUAUCUCGUUGCAAACUAUGUAGAAUAGUUGGUGAUUACUUUGUUGGACUAUGUUAAAUUAAGUGUGCUGGGGUCUGGGAAGUUUGGCAAUUUAUGAGUAGUAGCGAAUAGUAGUUCAGUUGUAUUUAAACAUUCUAGAAAAAAUUGUCAAAUUGUUGACCAAAUUUGUCUUUUCAUAUUGUCUGCUUUGUGAUGUUUAAUUGAUGUC